AUGGCAAAGAACUUCUUCUCCAGCAGCUUCCGUACAGCCAUCCGUCUCGUGCCUUCAUCUGUCACGAGAACUCCAGACUUAUCGAGAUGUGUACCCCAGCGGGCUUUCUCACUGACAGCGCGAAGGCCUUUGAUGGAGACUUCAGGUUUCACUGAGGAACAGAUGACAGUCCGCGACGCCAUGUUCAAGAUCUGCGCAGACUUUCCGGACGACUAUUGGAUGGAACACGACCAAACGGAGACUUACCCCCACGAGCUGCACGCUGCACUAGCUAAGGAUGGCUGGAUCGGCAUCGCUCUCCCAGAAGACCUCGGUGGAGCUGGAUUGGGAAUCAGCGAGGCGACGAUGAUGCUCCAAACCAUCGCCGAGUCCGGAGCCGGUCUAGCUGGCGCACAGAGUAUUCACGCAAAUGUCUAUGCCACGCAACCUGUCUCCAAAUUUGCCACUGCCGAGCAACGACCCAGAUUCCUCAGUAAGAUCGUUUCAGGGGAGUGGCGGACCUGCUUCGGCGUCACAGAACCCAACAUAGGUCUUGACACCCUCAAGCUCCGCACGACCGCCACGCCAACAUCGGAUGGUAGCGGGUAUACCGUCUCCGGCCAGAAGAUCUGGAUCUCGAGUGCUCAGGUGACCCAGAAGAUGGUCUUGCUCGCUCGAAUCACGCCGCUGGAAGAAGUCAAGAAGCCGAGUGAAGGUCUGUCGAUGUUCUACAUCGACUUUGAUCUGUCUCAACCCGGUCUCGAAGCCAAGCGAAUCAAGAAGAUGGGCGGCAGAGCCGUAGAUGCCAACCAAGUCUUCUUCGACAACUACUUCAUCCCCAAGGACAGCCUGAUCGGCGAAGAAGGGCAAGGCUUCAAGAUCAUCCUGCACGGCAUGAAUGCCGAACGCGCACUUCUGGCCGGCGAGUCACUUGGUCUAGGGUAUGCUGCUCUCGGGAAGGCGUCAGCGUACGCUCGUGAAAGGAUAGUCUUCGGUCGACCCAUCGGUCAGAACCAAGCUAUCCAACAUCCUCUUGCGAGCGCGUACAUGCAUCUCGAAGCGGCCAAGCUGGCUACGUAUCACGCAGCUCGGCUCUACGACCGAUCGACACAGACAAACAAGGACUACGACCCGGGUAUAACGCAGCAUCAGGUAGGCGUCGCUUGCAAUUCUGCAAAGUAUCUCGCGGCAGAGGCCGCGUUCACGGCGUGCGAGAGGAGUGUGAUGAGCAUGGGUGGGAUGGGCUAUGCGGCCGAGUAUCAUGUCGAGCGGUAUCUGCGGGAGUGCUUCGUCCCAAGAAUUGCGCCUGUGAGCAGAGAAAUGAUCAUGAACUUCGUGGCUGAGAGGGUUUUGGGCAUGCCGAGAAGCUAUUGA